CGCCCCCCGAGCGGCGCGCCCGCCGCGCCGGAGCCGAGCCGAGCGGAGCCGGGCGGGGAGGGAGGCGGCGACCGCCGGCGGCCAGGCCGCGAUGGCGACCAGGAAGGCGGGCUCGCGGCUGGAGACGGAGAUCGAGCGCUGCCGCUCCGAGAGCCAGUGGGAGCGGAUCCCCGAGCUGGCGAGGCAGCUGUCGGCCAAGCUCAUCGCCCACGAUGACAUGGCAGAGCUCCUCCUCGGGGAGGCCAAGCUGGAGCAGUACCUGAAGGAACACCCCCUGCGGCAGGGCGCCAGCCCCCGAGGCCCCCGGCCCCAGCUGACGGAGGUCCGCAAGCAUCUGACUGCCGCCCUGGACCGAGGGAACCUCAAGUCAGAAUUCCUACAGGAGUCCAGUCUGGUCCUGGCCAAGCUGCACUACGUGGAAGGAGACUAUGAAGGCGCGCUCAGCCUCUACGCCCGGGCGGGCCUGGAGGACUGGCCGCUGACGGGCGUGCCCCCAUACCGGCUGCGCAUGGCCGCCGAGGCCUACGCCACCCAAGGACUUUGUUUAGAGAAGUUGCCUAUUUCUUCUUCUACCAGUAGUCUCCGCGUGGACCGGGAGCAGGACAUCAUCACCUGCUAUGAGAAGGCGGGGGACAUCGCCCUCCUGUACCUCCAGGAGAUAGAAAGGGUAAUACUUUCUAAUAUUCAGAACAGAAGUCCUAAGCCUGGCCCUGCUCCCCACGAUCAAGAACUAGGUUUUUUCCUAGAAACGGGACUGCAGAGAGCCCAUGUCCUCUAUUUCAAAAAUGGGAGCCUGACAAGAGGAGUCGGGAGAUUCAGAGAGCUCCUCAGAGCGGUUGAGACCAGAACAACCCAAAACCUGCGGAUGACAAUAGCCAGGCAGCUGGCGGAGAUCUUGUUGCGGGGUAUGUGUGAGCAGAGCUACUGGAACCCUCUGGAGGAUCCGCCAUGCCAGUCACCCCUGGACGAUCCUCUCCGGAAAGGAGCAAACACGAAAACCUACACCCUCACCCGGAAAGCCCGCGUCUACUCAGGAGAGAACAUUUUUUGUCCUCAAGAAAAUACUGAAGAAGCCCUGUUGUUACUGCUGAUUAGUGAAUCAAUGGCCAACCGGGACGCUGUGCUGAGCAGGAUACCUGAGCACAAGAGCGACCGUCUCAUCAGUUUACAGAGCGCAUCUGUGGUCUAUGAUUUACUGACCAUUGCUCUUGGAAGAAGAGGCCAGUAUGAGAUGCUGUCAGAGUGCUUAGAAAGAGCCAUGAAGUUUGCCUUCGAGGAGUUCCAUCUCUGGUACCAGUUUGCUCUGUCGCUCAUGGCUGCUGGAAAAUCCGCGCGUGCCGUGAAGGUGCUGAAGGAGUGCAUCCGCCUGAAGCCGGACGACGCCACCAUCCCGCUGCUGGCCGCCAAGCUGUGUGUGGGCUCCCUGCACUGGUUGGAAGAAGCUGAGAAGUUUGCCAAAACGGUGGUUGAUGCGGGAGAGAAAACGUCAGAGUUCAAGGCCAAAGGCUACCUGGCCCUGGGGCUGACCUACAGUCUGCAGGCCACUGACGCUUCUCUGCGAGGGAUGCAGGAGGUCCUUCAGAGAAAGGCGCUUCUUGCGUUUCAGAGGGCCCACAGCCUGUCACCCACGGACCACCAGGCCGCCUUCUACCUGGCCCUGCAGCUCGCCAUCUCCAGACAGAUCCCAGAGGCUCUGGGGUACGUCCGCCAAGCUCUUCAACUUCAAGGCGACGAUGCCAACUCCCUGCACCUCCUCGCCCUCCUGCUUUCAGCGCAGAAGCAUUACCAUGAUGCUCUGAAUAUCAUCGACAUGGCCCUGAGCGAAUAUCCAGAAAAUUUCAUACUGCUGUUUUCCAAAGUGAAGCUGGAGUCCCUUUCCCGGGGCCCGGACGAGGCGCUCCUCACGUGUAAGCACAUGUUACAGAUCUGGAAAUCCUGCUACAACCUGACCAACCCCAGUGAUUCUGGACGUGGGAGCAGCCUCUUAGAUAGAACCAUUGCUGACAGACGACAGCUUAAUACAAUUACUUUGCCAGACUUCAGCGACCCCGAGACAGAUUUCAGACUUGCUGAAAUCAAGGUUUCGGUAUCUCAUCCGUGGCACCCACGAACACACACCCACCCACCCACCCACUGCAAGGGGGCAGUGGGUUCUGAGCCUCCGAGUCCACUGACCCCGAGAGGAGGCCUGCGCACUUCCUGCCUCUCUGCAGAUAUUAGCACGUCAGUUCGCAUCUGUGUUUCUACAGUUGCCUAAGUACAGGGUGGGUAGAGAUACCGCUGUCGUCUCCAGAAGUGCAAACAAGUAAUUUCUGAUAGGAAUGCCGACAUCUCAGGGGGCCGUUUGGAGGACUCAACGGACCCACGGACUAUUAAGACGUGCCCAGCUGUGAGCCUGAGGCAGCCCCCGAGUGUCGUUGGGAGCGGGUUUGCUGCCUCCCCGCCACCCGCAUGGGGCUCUGUGUCCGGCUUAGUCCACCUCCGGGCGCCCCCAGCCCCAUGGGGGUUGCCCUCACGAGAGGAGCCUCCCGGGCCCGGGUCCAGACCCAACCCCUCCGAAAAGCCGGAGAGCAGCCCUGAGCCCAGCGUGGGGAGUCACCCUGGAGAGCCUCUCCCCGGGGACGGGAGCCAGGCGCAGUCCUCGCCUGAGCUGUUCUCCCAGCUGCCCACCUUGCCCGGCUAGGCCCCCUUUUCCAGACCUCAGGUCGGCUCAGGAGGCCCGACCGCAGGGCCCUGGGGCUCCCCAGUCAGGAGAGCGCUGGGAGCAGCGCGAAUUUCAGUCAGUGCCGUUUACCAGCCGCCACUCCAAGUGCAGGCUGGGAGGGCCACAGGGACUACUCGGCCUUGCAGUGGCCUGGGUCGCGGGCUGAGGGCCAGCCACUGGCGGGCUUAGAUGUGAACCAGGCCAACCCUGAGCUGGGCUCUGCUCAUGGUCCAGUCCCACUAGAGGGACGUGCGUGACCCCUCGCUGCAGAAAAGGGAAGGUCAGGCUCUUAGCCCCUGCGAGGCUCGGCUCGGACCUCUGGGGAGAGAAGACAGGGAGGUGAUGCUCACCAGUUCCUCGCAGCUGCCGCCCGGGGCCUCCUCCCCCCAGGACCCUGUGAGGACCCUGGUAUGAAGUCAGACCCCCUGUCCUUCCAGCUGGUCAGGGUCUUCAUUUGCCCCGAGGUCCCCAAACUUUCAUCGAUGUCACAGUGCAAACAGGCAGGAGAAAAUGAGCGAGGCCCUUGGGGUUCGUUCUCCCCGUUGCCCCAGGAACAUCGCCCCACCGCCCUGAGCCCUCAGGAGGCUCCCUCCGCAGAGGAAACCUCAGGUGCCACAGCAUCCAGCUGAGGUGUGUCUCGUGCCCAGCGUGGGUGGCCGCCCUUGUCCACAGUGGCACCGCUGUUCCUGAAUCCUGAGCCGGGGUGGGGUCCACACUGCCGGGGCGCAGGCGCCCAGGUGCUGGCCAGUGACCGUGUUAUUGUGUUGUGGUUGGACUUGCCACACGAGCCCCUCCAAGACCCUUCUCACCCGCCCUGCCCGGGAGCCCCAAGUCGUUGGUUUUACCACCACCGGUACUUACCAGGAGGCUAGGGAGCGGGAAAAGUGGAAGGCCAUGUUAGCAGACCUUAUCAGCGCAGACUGGUCGUAAAUGAUGGCAAAACCUUCUGAGAUGAUCCUUUAAAUCCAAGAGACUUAAAAAGCCUGACAGACGCUCCUAUAAAUGGAAAAGGUGCCUCCGUCGUGAUGAGUAAAGGGCAGUUUUGUACAGCUGAGCCCGUGGGCAGUUCCAGGACCCCUGUCUCCAGAACGACCCACGGAUUUAGCUUAAGCUCUGAUUCCGAAGGUUCCGUGGGGAUGCUCUGCUUCCUCCCUGCCCUUCUCCCUCGCCUUUUCUUAAAGAUAACUGUUUUUAUUAGCUUUUGGUUUUCCCUUCCAUGCAAAUAAGCUUAGAUCUUAUUUCCCACAUGCCUUGACUUGGAAUAGCAGACUGUGUCUGGGCUGCUCGGCCCCCGUGGGGGCCCUUCACGCACCCCCGCCUCCGCCAGCAGAGAAUGUCCUGGGGCUUUUUUACGGCCCCAGUCAGUGGCUUUUCUACGUGCCCGGAAGGACCCAAGCCUCUGCCAGGAGCACAGCGGAGGAAGACGUGUGCCCGGCACAGAGGCGACCUCCCGUGGUCACGACACCGCCCACCCGUCACCGCGGCGCAGGAGACCCCUUCUCGAAGCCACAGCCCCUUGGAAUGUCCUUUUUGUUUGCCAGAGCUAAAAUUUAUUUCCCUUUUAUUAUUUUUUUUUAAAUUUUCUAUUGUGGAAAAACUUCAAAUAUUCCAAAAUAGAGAUACUAAUGCCAUGAGUCCCCAUGUACCUACCACUAGCCUCCAACAAUUCCUUUUUUUUUUUUUCCUUUAUCUCUGCUGUCCAACACUUAGUUUUUGUAAGGUAUUUUGAAGCAGAUCUCAGAUAUCAUAUUUUGCCUGUUAAAAUUUCAAUGUAUGUGUCAAACAGAUAAGAGUUCUUUAAAAAUCUAGCCAAGGUACCCUCAUUAUACAUCUGGGUCAUGAUGAAGUACAGGCUCAGUGGUGUUCAUUUUGAAAGGUGGGUAACUAACCGGGAGGUCCGUUUCCCACCCCUGCAGUUGUCCAGAUGCGGAUCUGAACCGUAACACGAGGGGAGCCCAAGUCUAGAAGCCUCGGACUCGCCAAGUCCACUGUAGCCAGAGAGUGGACGUUGGUUUUAUUAAACGGGUGUGGCAGAGUGAAAAACAACCCGUAAAGAAUCUGCUUUCCCUUCUAAUAUCCCUCUCAGUCCCCUUCUCUCCCCACCCCCACCUCUGUCGUCCAGUAGGUCCUAGCCAUCAAAAGAGACUCGAAUCCAACGACCAUCUUUCAACUUUGAAGCUAUGAGUCAUUGUUUUUUCUUUGGAAUAAGUUAGUUCCUUAAAUAGAGGAUGGAAAAAAAAAUUUUUUUUUUUCUUCCUUUUGCCUUCAAAACAGGAUGUGGAGUAAGGGGAUUUAUCUUUAGUCAUUGGUGGAUAUUACCAGACACCUAUCCAAAGUAAAAUGAUUCUUUCACCUUGAAAGUUUGCCCCGUUUUGUCCAGGAACGUUUUUAAUUGUCGCCGUGGUGGUCCUCCCUCCUGUGGUGUGUCUCUCCAGCCGAAGACAGGAGGUGACAGCCAGCCUGGCCGCCCACCCGCCGUGGCCCAGCCUGGCGCGCUCGCAGGCCACUGCCGCGAUGCUGGCCCGUGGCUGCCCCUCAGCAGCUGCGCCUAGGAAACCUUAGUUCUCAAGUAAAUUUUAUAUAAGUGCUUCUUAUAAAAAAACAAAUCAAGGAAAAGUCAAGUUCUAAUCCUUUCCAGUUGAAAAGCUAAUAGUUUCUUUCCCUCUAGAAUAUUGCAGAUACUAUAGGUUAGACGUAUUAUUUUCAAUGGACCAUACUGCUGAAUCUGUGCCCAGGUAAAUCUGAGUUAUUUUUAUUCCAUGGUGUUGUUGCAGAACAAAUAAUAACCAGUGGAAAAACAGCAAAUUUGUUUUCUUCGAAAAGCACUUGUAUUCUAUUGUCAAGUAGAGGAAUGAUUGUGUAUUACAUGACCUCAUUUUCUUUGCAGCUUAUGUGAGUAUAUUAAAAGCUAGUUUAUUUUUUU